AUGGUUGAGCAAAUUCCAUAUGGUGUUGCUACUAGCCUCAUUAACAGGUUGGCUUCGGCAGCCUUUCAUGAAUUUGGAAGGAUUUAUGGUGUUAUGGAUGAAUUGGAAAGGCUGAAGAAUACUGUUGAGGCCAUCAGAGCUGUGCUUCUUGACGCCGAGGACAAACAACAACAAAACCGUGCCAUACAGAUAUGGAUAAGAAGACUCAAAGAUGAUGUGCUUCAUCCUGCUGAUAACUUGCUAGAUGAGUUUCUUAUUCAAGAUAUGAGACACAAAAUGGAGGAAACUAAUAAGAACAAAAUGACCAAGGUACUUCAUUCCUUAUCUCCAACUAGAAUUGCUUUUCGCCGCAAAAUGGCUCAUAAGAUUGAUAAAAUACAAGAGAAAUUUGAUAAUGUUGCGAAAGAUAUGUCUGGGUUGAAUCUGAUCCCAAACGUUGUGGUGGUUGAACAUAGUAACAGUGUAAAGAGGGAAACUAGUUCAUAUGUGUUAGAAUCUGAUAUCAUUGGAAGAGAAGAUGAUAAAAUCAAGAUUAUACGCUUGCUAAGAGAACCAAAUAUGGACCAGAAUGUCUCUGUGGUUGCUAUUGUUGGGAUUGGUGGUUUGGGAAAAACAGCUCUUGCCCAAUUGGUAUACAAUGAUGGUCAAGUAGCAAAGAUUUUUGAAAAGAGGAUGUGGGUAUGUAUCUCUGAUAACUUUGAUGUCAAAACUAUUGUGAAAAAAAUGUUGGAGUUAGUAACCAAAGGCAAAAUUGAUGAUAAGUUAACAUUAGAAAACUUGCAAAAUAUGCUUCGUGACAACUUAACUGAUAAGAGAUACUUGUUAGUUCUAGAUGACAUUUGGAACGAGAGUUUUGAAAAAUGGACUCAAUUGAGGACUUAUUUGAUGUGUGGGGCUCAAGACAGUAAGGUUGUAGUGACAACUCGUACAAAAACUGUAGCACAGACAAUGGGUGUAAGUGUUCCCUAUACUCUGAAUGGUUUGAAUCCAAAAGAAUCUUGGAGUUUGUUGAAGAAAAUUAUUACAUUUGGGGAUGAGACUAAAGGAGUGAAUCAAAUUCUUGAACCAUUUGGUAAGAAGAUAGCAGAAAAGUGUGGGGGUGUUCCACUAGCAAUCAGAACGUUGGGGGGCCUAUUACAGGGUAAAGGUGAAAAAAAGGAAUGGAUUGCUAUUUUACAAGGUGACUUUUGGAAAUCAUGUGAAGAUGAAGAUAGCAUCAUGCCAGUGUUGAAACUAAGUUACCAAAACUUGUCGCCUCAACUAAGACAAUGUUUUGCUUAUUGCUCUUUAUAUCCUAAGGAUUGGGAAAUACAGAAGGAUGAGUUGAUUCAAUUGUGGAUGGCACAAGGUUAUCUUGAAUUUUCAGAUGAAAAGGAGAUCUUGGAAGAUAUUGGUAACCGAUUCGUAAAUAUCUUCUUGAUGAAGUCAUUUUUCCAAGAUGCUCAAGUUCAUGCCGGUGAUUUAUAUAGUUUCAAAAUGCAUGAUUUAAUACAUGAUCUUGCAAUGCAAGUAGCCGGAAGUGAUUGUUGUUACUUGGAUAGUGAGACAAAAAGACUUGUUGGAAGUCCCAUCCAUGUAAUGUUGAAAAGUGAUGCUAUUGGUUUGUUAGAGUCAUUGGAAGCAAGCAGAGUGCGAACUUUAAUUUUCCAGACCAAUAAUUCAAAGAGUUGGAAUGAAAAGGAAUUGUCUGUUAUUUCAAAAUUCAAAUAUUUACGCUUUUUGAAGCUUUCAGAUUGUUCUAUAAGUGAGUUGUGUGAUUCAGUUGGAAAUUUAGAGCAGUUAAGAUAUCUUCAGUUAUGGUAUUGUGUAGGACUAAAAGGCCUUUUCAAAUCCAUAAGUAACAUUGUUUGUCUUCAAACACUUAUAUUGGAUGGGUGUGAAAUAGUUGAAUUUUCUACAAAAGAUGUCUUAAGUUUAAUCAAUUUGAGAAAUCUUCAAAUUGAAAAUUUAAAAGCAUUUAAAGAGAAGAAGAAAACAUAUGGAUUUGGAAAAUUAAGCUCGAGGGAGCGGUAUAAGGAUUUAUUUUUUUCUAAUUGGCUUUCUUCACUCAAAAACAUUGUUCGAAUAUUUCUUAAGAACUGUGAAGGCGUGCAGCAUCUCCAACCAAUGGAAUGUCUCCCAUUCCUAAAGUAUCUUUUUAUAGGUGACCUACAUGAGUUGGAGUACAUAUAUUGUGAAGAGCCUCUUUUAUCCGAAGAAUUCUUCCCUUCUUUGGAGUACCUCGGAAUUUGUGGAUGUGAAAAAUUGAAAGGAUGGUGGAGGGUAAGGGAUGAUAACUCUUCACAAUCAUAUCAUCUCUCCUUUCUGCCUUGUCUCUCUUACUUAACUAUCAUUGAUUGUCCAAUGUUAACUCACAUGCCCACUUUUCCAAACCUCGACGAGAAAUUGGUUUUCUGGGAUUGUAAUAUGAACACAUUGGAAGCAACAUUAAACAUGGUAAAAUCAAAUUCUUCGCAUGAAUUCCCUCCACUUUCCAUGCUAAAACACUUGUUUCUUGGCGGACAUGAGCUGCACGUUAAAACACUUCCAAAUGAUUGGAUGCAAAAUCUGACUUCUCUCAAGCAUCUUGUUUUUUAUUGGCUUCCAAAUGAAACAUUUCAAGAAAUUGAAAUUUGGUUUAAGGACAAACUCAACUAUCUUCCUUCCUUGCAAAGUAUUGAAAUAUCACAUUGUUCCGAUCUAGAGGCAUUUCCAGCUUGGAUUUGCAACCUCUCGUCACUUCAGCAUAUCACCAUUUCAGAAUGUCAAGUUUUAGUUUCACUGCCAGAUGGAAUGCCUCGUCUUACCAACUUACAAACCCUUAUAAUCAUUAGGUGUCCCCUCUUAAUUGAAGAGUGCCAGACAGAAACAAGUGCAACAUGGCCCAAAAUUGCUCACAUCCCAAACAUAAUCUUAAAGUGAUCUUCUUAUUAAAGGAUUCCACAAACUUCAAGAAGCCGCUUUGACAUUCACAUGAAUGGUGUUGGAAAUAUAGCAGACUAGCAGCUGCAGUUGAUCUAGUUGUUCUGAAAUGUGUGGCUAAAAUAGGAUUGGUGCUCUUUUGGUAUUUUAUUGGUGUUGUAUCUCAAAGUAAUUUAUGUAAUAGUAUCUGUUAAUGCAAACUAUGUUGCUUGCUGCUGUAAU